ACCAAAACCCUUUAAGGGUCCUUAGAACACAAGCGGUUUUGUAGCCAGCAUCUGAUUCAGAUACAGACGCCAGAGAGACAUACCGACAGGAGAGCUCUGCCGGGAGACAGAUUAAAGUUACAGAUAAAAUGGCGUCCAUGUUGAUGAACUCUCUACGGUGCUGUCCUCCAGUCAACCCUGCCUGGGCUGUACAGUAUGCAACCCGCUCCCUCAGUACAUCAGUCCAGCUCCAUGCCCAGGUCCAGACUAAGAGUAAGAAGACAUUGGCUAAACCUGGAGUGAAGAACAUAGUUCUGGUAGAAGGAGUCAGAACACCUUUCCUCCUCUCAGGAACCACAUAUGCUGAUCUGAUGCCCCAUGACCUUGCCAGAGCAGCGCUGCAGGGUCUGCUGCAUAAAACCAGUCUCCCUAAGGAUGCAGUAGAUUACAUCAUCUAUGGAACCGUCAUCCAGGAGGUCAAGACCAGCAACGUGGCUAGAGAGGCUUCAUUGGGAGCAGGCUUCUCUGAUAAGAUCCCAUCUCACACCGUCACCAUGGCCUGCAUCUCCUCCAACGUCGCUAUGACAACAGGUGUGGGGCUGAUCACAUCAGGCCAGUGUGAUACUAUAGUUGCUGGAGGGGUGGAGUUUAUGUCGGACGUUCCUAUUCGUCACAGCAGGAAGAUGAGGAAGACCAUGUUGGCUCUGAACAGAGCGAAGACUCUCGGACAACGCCUCAGCCUUAUAGGCUCUAUCAGGAUGGCUCAUCUCACACCCGAGCUGCCUGCGGUAGCAGAGUUUUCCACGGCAGAGACGAUGGGUCACAGUGCGGACCGUCUUGCGGCGGCGUUCGGAGUGACCCGGCUGGAGCAGGAUGAGUUCGCUCUACGAUCACACACACUAGCCAAACAGGCUCAGGAUGCAGGACUCCUCAGUGACGUCAUCAGCUUCAAGGUGCCAGGUCGUGACAUGGUCACCAAGGACAACGGGAUCCGCCCAUCCUCCAUGGAACAGCUGGCCAAACUGAAACCUGCCUUUAUCAAACCUCAUGGCACUGUUACUGCUGCUAACUCUUCCUUUCUGACCGACGGUGCAUCAGCUGUCCUCAUCAUGUCAGAAGAGAAAGCCCUCGCCAUGGGAUACAAGCCCAAAGCCUACCUCAGAGACUUUGUGUUCGUGUCUCAGGACCCCAAAGACCAGCUGCUGCUUGGGCCAGCAUAUGGAACCCCGAAAGUUCUGGCACGUGCAGGGUUGACUAUGGAUGACAUCGAUGUCUUCGAGUUCCAUGAGGCCUUUGCCGGCCAGAUCAUGGCUAACCUGAAAGCGUUGGAUUCAGACUGGUUUGCACAGACCUACAUGGGACGGAAGGCUAAGGUGGGGGCCCCUGCCAUGGAGAAGUUUAACCUGUGGGGGGGCAGUCUGUCUCUUGGUCAUCCGUUUGGAGCCACCGGCUGCCGUCUGGUAACCACGGUAGCACACCGUCUGCAGAAGGAGGGGGGCCAGUAUGGACUGGUGGCUGCAUGUGCUGCGGGUGGACAGGGCCAUGCGAUGGUGAUCGAAGCAUACCCACAGUAGAACAGGAUUCUGGGAGGACUGAGAUGAUGCAGGAGAAGACUGUGUACACAUAGAGUGGAAUAACACCCACAUUAUCAGAUUGUACAUACUAACACCACUGUGCCUGGUUGGGUUAGGGCAUGUGUUUGUGUGGAGGAGAGUGGGUGUAAAUUAUAGCAGAGUUUUAGGUUGCCUUGCUGUUAGGGUACAACACUGCUGUAGCAUUCACACAGCCAGUAAUGUAACAGUGGGGCUUUCUCCAUAGUCUGUGGCCUCAUUUCCUCUCCUCAUGAAAGGAAGUUCUUAGUCAACAACUACCAUCAGCUGUGUUCAGGGCAGAUGGAGGAGACGCCAUCAGCUGUGUUCAGGGCAGAUGGAGGAGAAGCCAUCAGCUGUGUUCAGGGCAGAUGGAGGAGACGCCAUUAGACUUUGAGAUGCACCCUGAUCAGAUCAACAUGAUAUGUUUUUGUUUUCUUACAAAUUAAUGUGUUAUUACAAUGAUUUAAUUAAAAAAUAGAACUAGUCUACAGCUUCCCAUAA